AUGGAGCCGAUUUCAAUGGCCAUCAGGAUUGUUCCUCCAUCUAUGCAGCUAGUCAAAACGAUAAUCACUAUCAAGGAGCUGGUCAACGACUACAGAUCGGCGGCAAAAGAACUAGAUCACAUUUGUUGCAAGCUUGAUAAGCUUAAAGCUGUCAACAAAUUUUUAAGCAUAGCUAUAUCGGAGGCUAGUGGUUCGUCCUUUACAAUUGGGCAGUCUGUCAUGUUCGAUAACCUCCAAUGCACCAUUAAAGAGUGUUAUGUUAAAGGAUCCCAUGUCUUCCAGGAACUCACAAAAAUGUCUAAGAAGCUCAGCAAGACUCGCAAUCCGUUGAAAAGUCGCUUCCAACCAAAGCAAGAGUCCGUUGCAUCGAAUUACUAUAUGCAGCCUACACAACAUCUUCCGGGAGAGAGGGCAGAGAUUUGGAGGCGCCAAUACUCAAGUCUUGUGUUUCUCCAAAAGACACAGAAAUUAAGAAUAAUUCCUGAUACUGAUGCUCCAGUUUCGGCACAAGUACAGGAAAGCUCAACUUUCACCUUUGGUUCAUCAUUCCUGAACGUAUACAUACAAAUAUGUUUAAUGAGAGGACCUCUGGCACCUCUUUCUGUUCGCUUCCAAAUUCCGAGGGUGCUCAGGAUCUCCAACUGCGGCAAUGGUCUUGGUAUAAGUGUCCGGAAGGCCUUUGAAUCAGACGAUCUGCAUACGAUUCGAGAACUCUUCAGCCAGAAUCUCCUCACGCCCGCUACAGUUAUCACAUAUACUCAAUACGAUCCUGAUAACGAGGGAUCUUUGUUGGGCCAUUGGGCAUCUCUACUUACGGACGCCAUUAUGAGGGGAUACGACCUAUUUUUACACGCCGAGUUUGGCAUGUUCACUGGAAAUUUAGAGGCGAUUCUCUCACAAUUUGAUGACCCUAACGAUGCGUGGUGUGGCGUGUGCCGCUGGAUCGAUAUGUUGGAACAAUCUCAGGUCGAUCUGUCAAGAUAUUUGGAAAUUGCGACAAGACGUUGUUUUUACAACUGGGUUGAGACAAAGGUCUGGGGCGGUGUUGAUCUUGAAUGUUCGAGUAUACGACGUGUACUUGCUAUGGGGCACCACAAUGGGCGAAUGAUUCCUUACUGGUCAAAAUUUGCCGACAAGUCAUGCCCGAUACGAGAACUGUUGGAUGAGUUCCCAGCCUUACAGGUCAAGGAUAAAACGCUGCUAUCGGGCGACUGGGUUCGCUGCAUCGAUCGGUUUCGGCGUUGGAAUAGUGGAGUAAAUCUUGCUGCUUCAGAUCCAGCGAUGAGCUCCUGGCCGGUCGCGCCAUCUAUCGAUAAAUAG